AUGCCGUUCAAAGCUUUUGAGACAUUCAAGGAAAAAUUUCUGAAACCUGGGAAGGAAGGAGUGAAGAACGCCGUGGGAGACGCACUGGGGACUUUACAAAGAAAACUUGAUGGGACCAAUGAGAAGGAAGAUCACAUUGAACUGAAUGAAGAAGGAAGACCCGUGCAGGCCUCCAGGCCCAGGCCCCCGUUCUGUGACUGCCGCUGUUGUGGCAUCCCUAAGCGUUACAUCAUCGCCAUCAUGAGUGGGCUGGGAUUCUGCAUCUCCUUUGGGAUUCGGUGCAAUCUCGGAGUAGCCAUCGUAGAAAUGGUCAACAACAGCACCGUAUAUGUCAACGGAAAACCGGAAAUUCAGACAGCGCAGUUUAACUGGGACCCAGAGACAGUGGGCCUGAUCCACGGAUCUUUCUUCUGGGGCUAUAUUGUGACCCAGAUUCCAGGUGGUUUCAUUUCAAACAAGUUUGCUGCUAACAGGGUCUUUGGAGCUGCCAUCUUCCUAACUUCGACUUUGAACAUGUUCAUUCCGUCUGCGGCCAGAGUGCAUUAUGGAUGUGUCAUGUGCGUCAGAAUUCUGCAAGGCCUGGUGGAGGGUGUGACUUACCCGGCUUGCCAUGGGAUGUGGAGUAAGUGGGCACCACCUUUGGAGAGAAGCCGGCUGGCCACAACCUCCUUUUGUGGUUCCUAUGCAGGGGCCGUUGUUGCUAUGCCCCUGGCAGGGGUGCUGGUGCAGUACAUCGGAUGGGCCUCUGUCUUUUACAUUUAUGGGAUGUUUGGAAUCCUUUGGUAUCUGUUCUGGCUGCUGCAGGCCUACGAGUGUCCAGCCGCUCACCCAACGAUAUCCAGUGAGGAGAGAACAUACAUCGAGACAAGCAUAGGAGAAGGAGCCAACUUGGUUAGUCUAAGCAAAUUUAAUACACCGUGGAAAAGAUUUUUCACAUCCUUGCCAGUCUAUGCUAUCAUUGUGGCAAACUUUUGCCGAAGCUGGACCUUUUACUUGCUUUUAAUAAGUCAGCCUGCUUAUUUUGAAGAGGUCUUUGGAUUUGCCAUCAGUAAGGUGGGUCUCUUGUCAGCAGUGCCGCAUAUGGUUAUGACGAUUGUUGUACCUAUUGGAGGACAACUGGCUGAUUAUUUAAGAAGCAGAAAAAUUUUGACUACAACAGCUGUCCGAAAAAUCAUGAACUGUGGAGGCUUUGGCAUGGAAGCAACCUUACUCCUGGUUGUUGGCUUCUCCCAUACCAAGGGGGUAGCUAUCUCCUUUCUGGUGCUUGCUGUAGGAUUCAGUGGCUUUGCUAUAUCAGGUUUUAAUGUCAACCACCUGGACAUUGCUCCCCGCUAUGCCAGCAUUCUCAUGGGUAUUUCAAAUGGAGUGGGCACCCUCUCUGGUAUGGUCUGUCCCCUCAUUGUUGGUGCAAUGACCAAGCACAAGACCCGCGAGGAGUGGCAGAACGUGUUCCUCAUAGCAGCCCUGGUGCACUACAGUGGUGUGAUCUUCUAUGGGGUUUUUGCCUCUGGGGAGAAGCAGGAAUGGGCUGACCCAGAGAAUCUCUCGGAAGAGAAAUGUGGGAUCAUUGACCAGGAUGAAUUAGCUGAGGAGACAGAACUCAACCAUGAGACUUUCGUGAGUCCCAGAAAGAAGACAUCUUACGGAGCCACCAGCCAGAACUGUGAAAUCCAGGGAAAGGAGUGGAGGGGUCAAGAGGGAGUGAUCCUGGAAGAGGAAGAGUUGGCUUCCUACCAGAAUGAAGAGCAAAACUUCUCAGAUGCGUCCUAA